GUGAAACAACUGUGUCAUUCAUGUAAAGUGCAUUUUUAAUUUGGUCUCAUCUAAAAUCAUGGUUUCCGGUUUAAACAAGUUGUUUUCACUUUCCCUAAAAGCAAAUAGAACUCCCCAUAGACUAAAUUAAAAGCAAUAGUUUAGGUAAAAGUCGUAUUUUCACUUUAGACCAGAGGUUUACAUGUCACGUGACCACCACGUGACCAUAUGAAGUCGCAUCUGGUCUGCGUUCUGAUGUCCGCCAUUACCUCGCUUCGCCUGAGCUUCGCCUGAAGUGAAAACCGUCAAGGCAACUCAAAAACAAGGUCUACUGCUGUGUCCCGUAACAGUCCGAAAUUGUAACCAUAUUGCUGAAUUCGAUCCCUUUGGAUGGGCUGACAUGGCAGGGAAAAGGCCAGCCAAGUUGCUAGUUAUCCUGAAUUCUGAUGACACCAGGAAGCUAAUUCUGCCUGAUGGGAUUCCAGAGACAAUGGAGCAGCUAUUGAAUGAAGUCAGGAAACAGUGUGAGUUAAAUGGAACUUUUAGACUGCAGUACAAAGACAGAGACUUUGGAGAUGCACUCGUGAACUUGACAUCUACUGCAGAACUUGAGGAUUUGACAACUGUCAAGGUCAUCCCAAUAACUGAUGAUUGCAGCGAAGGAUUUGAUAUCACUGCCUCUAAUGAGUCGAUGUGUACCCAAUCAGAUGACACAGAGCUCCUGUCCUCACCCUCCAGCACCGUCUCUACAAGAACUCAGUUGUGGCCAAGAGUGUUUCCAAUACCAACAUUCUCUUACGAAACUGAAUUACAGUUAGAAACAGGAAAUGCAGUGCAUAGGUCAAACAUGACAAGAUUGUCAAUGAGUUUUAAAUUAAAGUCAGAUAUCCUGGAAAAAGUAGCUGAAGAGAUGUUUCAGUACAAAGCCUACCCAACAGAUGCUGACUUCAGUGACGUGGCCCAAGCACUAAUCAAGAAGCACCCAUGCCUCUCUGAGACUGGUUCGUUCAACGGUUGCUAUGGGUGGAAGCAGCGCCUGAAAACUAAAAUGGGCAACUACCGUACUCAGCUGAAGGGCAUCGGGUGUUCUGAACUGCUUGUAAAUCCAAAAGCCAAAGCCCCAGGAGAUGCAUUGCCAGCAAAGAAUGUCAAGAAACCUAUAAGAGGAGAGGCCAACCACAUUCCUGACAUUCCUACUGGAGAGACCUCAGACAAAUUGGAAAAUGAGAGACUGUCACUUUUAAGUGAGGUGAAGAAGAGAAACAAUCGUACAGUGAUAAAGUCGAAAAUGGACAAGACUUUUUCAGUGCGAAGACAAGAAAUUGUGGAAAAGGAAUUGGGAGUGGAAGAGUUGAAAGAGAGAUGGCCUGCAUUGUUCUCAGUGGAUGAGAUCAAUGCUGAAUUUACAAGAAUUACAACUGUGCCACUUCAACCGCGCUUCCUCGCUGCCUUGGACAAGCACUACAGCAGACUGAUGGAGAUCAUUAAAAAAAGGGGAGGAGUUAUCGGAGAGAAAACCCGGAACAUACUGAAAGUUCUUGAUCACGUAUGUACUUGCUUUGUUUACGACUUUGGAGUCGGAGAUUACCUGUUGAUCGAUGCACUACCUUAAUCGUUUUAGUUUCAAAGGUCUUUUAAAUGGUUUGCUCAAAGUGUGUGUACAUUAGGGUCUUGCAAAAAGUGCAAUAUUGCUAUUGACCAUCCGACCGCAUGUCAAGUGAGUGUGGCACAUUUCAUUUUUAUUUAAUGUAUUUUUUUCAUUAUCGAGAGUUGGAAAAAAAAUCAAAGUCUGAAUCUCAUUUCCCUUCUGUGUUCUGCAUUUAACAAUAAUUAGGUAUUUAAUUCCUAUUAAAACGGUCAUCUUUGUCAUUUAAAAGCCAACAAUGUACCUAAUACAAGUACCUAAAAUAGUUUAUUUACAUAGCACUUAAAUCUGGAUCUUCUGAGUAAUAUCAAAUAAAAACAAUAAUUCUGCAUUUUCACUAUU